CCGGUUUACGAUGGAAGCCCUACAAUGCUCUUGCAACCGCAGCGCUACGUUUUCACCUGCGGAUAAUUCAUCAUCGUCUCUGACUGCUUUUACAACGAACGAAGCCAGACGAAGCCACUAGGCAACUAAGCACUGUAGUGAAAUCGUACCAUCGUACUAGCGGACGAACGGUACGGAUGUUGUGUUGACACUCCGAUAACAAGUCUCUCGGUCCCUCUUCGUUGAACAUGGCUCCACAAAACAGCCUCCGUGCCGCGACGUACCUCAGCCCAGGAAUACCCGUCGAAUUCUACGAGUCCAUUCUUCACUACUUGGAGCGAAAACUCGACCUCGCUACGUCGCUGCUUUACGAGUCCCGGUGGUACGGUCCUCCGGCGGACCGGCCGGACCCGUUCGUCCAAAAGGAGGUCGAUAUCGCCUUCAUGAGCGCCAUCGCCUUCGUACGCCUUACCGACAGCGGCAAGUCCAACCUGGAACUCUUACCGGCGUCCACGGUCCAUAAGCACCGGCUCGGCGGCGACAGCCCGGGUCACUAUUCGGACCUCAUCAUCAACUCCGAUCUGGUGUCUUCGAAUGUCACCACGUUUGAGAAGCUCCGAGGCUGCAAGUGGGCCUUCACGGGACCCGAGUCCUUCAGCGGUCACCAGGUGACCUUGCAGGAACUUAAGAGACGAGGAGAAACGGCCAACUUCUUCAGCCUCAAGCUCCAGGCCAAGUCGCACAUCGACUCCAUCUACAUGGUGCUCAACAAGCAGGUGGACGCGGCGGCCGUCGACGCCAACUGUCUGGCGUUGUUCCUGGACCGAAAUCCCUGCUACCGGGACAAGAUCCACGUGAUCGAGUCCUGGGGCAUUCUGCCUCCGUACCCGAUCGCAGUGCGGAAGGACCUUGACGCCGAUGUUAAGGCGGCUGUGCUGGAGGCCCUGCUGGAGAUGCACGAAGACCCGGAAGGUGCCAAGAAGCUCAAGGAGUUUAAGGUCGAACGCUUCGCCCCGGUCCACAUGGGACAGUUCCUAGAGUUCAAGGAGGCACUUCGCGCCACGCAGAAGCUUACCUUCGCCACCGUUUACUAUUGAGCGUUAUAUGCUUAGAGCACGUUUGUUACGUUAAGACGAAUGUUUUAUCGCAUGUUAUCUUCUUCUGCAGUAGCAUUCCAAGAAUGCACCAUCUAAGCGGAGAGCAAGUCGUCUGCAUCUUGAGCAGGAGUUGUGACGUAAGAAUUACGUCGAGCUCCGAUUGUCCUUGAUUGAAAAGACAGUGGGUAGACCUCAAUGCUAGACGCCUCGAGGUCUACUUACCAUGCAGCCAAUGAAGGCUCGGCAUUCUGACAUCAUGGCGUCCCCUGUGCAAGAGGCAGAACGAACAUGCACUCCGCAUUACCUUUGUGCAAUACAUAUAUGAACACUGUUGUCAAGGUGUAUAUUUCUCUUUUAUUAAAUAUAUUUUUUGUUUUUGUUUUUACAA